UCAUAGCGGGGCUUGCGUUUCUGCUGCCGUAUCUGUGUGUGUGUGUGUCUGUUUCUGUAGUUCCAGCCUAUAGUUUUGGUUAGAUAAUGGAAGGAGACGGGAGUCAAGCCACAUCUGGAAGCCUAAACGACUCACAGCAUGACCCGGGUAAAAUGUUUAUCGGUGGCCUCAGCUGGCAAACCUCACCAGACAGCCUUAGAGACUAUUUUAGUAAAUUCGGAGAAAUACGAGAAUGUAUGGUGAUGAGAGACCCCACGACAAAGCGUUCCAGAGGAUUUGGGUUUGUUACGUUUACAGAUGCUGCCAGUGUAGAUAAAGUCUUAGCUCAACCACACCACGAAUUAGACUCAAAGACGAUUGAUCCUAAGGUUGCCUUUCCCCGUCGUGGCCAGCCUAAGAUGGUCACAAGAACAAAGAAAAUAUUCGUGGGUGGAUUGUCAGCCAACACAGUAGUGGAAGAUGUGAAGCAGUAUUUUGAACAGUUUGGGAAGGUUGAUGACGCCAUGCUCAUGUUUGACAAAACUACCAACAGACAUAGAGGAUUUGGUUUCAUAACUUUUGAGAGUGAAGACAUCGUAGAGAAAGUCUGUGAAAUUCAUUUUCAUGAAAUCAAUAAUAAAAUGGUAGAAUGUAAGAAGGCCCAGCCCAAGGAGGUGAUGUUCCCGCCAGGUACACGAGGGCGUGCCAGGGGUCUGCCCUACACCAUGGAUGCCUUCAUGCUGGGGAUGGGCAUGCUGAGUUACCCUAACAUUGUGGCAACAUAUGGCCGUGGAUACACUGGAUUCGCCCCUAGCUAUAGCUACCAGUUCCCUGGCUUCCCAGCAACGGCAUAUGGACCAGUGGCAGCGGCGGCAGUAGCAGCAGCGCGUGGCUCAGGUAGGGGGGCCCGUGGAAGAGGCGGCUACAUGGCGUACCCACAGAACGCAGGGCCAGGCCUCCCCGAUUAUGGGUUUUACUCUGCGCCCAGUGACCAGCGGGGGGGGCCCUGCUCCUUUGCUGACUAUGGCUCCCUGGGGCCCCAGGCGGCUCAGAUGCUGCACAGUGAGCAUGCCACCUCUGCCUGCAACUCCCCCCUCCAGCACCUACACAGCCCGGAUCAGUUUAAGAGCCCAGGCACUAACCCCUCAAGGCCCGGAGGCUUCCCAGGUGCCAACAGUCCAGGUCCUGUGGCUGAUCUGUAUGGGCCUAGUAGCCAGGAUUCAGCUGUGGGCAACUACAUCAGUGCUGCUAGCCCUCAGCCUGGCUCUGGCUUUGGCCCUAGCAUCACAGGCCCGUUGAUUGCGACAGCUUUUACAAAUGGAUACCAUUGAACAGGUGGCCGGUUAUCUCAUCAGAGCAGAGUAUAUCUGGUGGUCCAGGAAAGACAGGCCGAAGUUUCUAAUUGGCUUUGUAUGCAGGUGAUGUCGUCCAACUUCAAGCACUACAGCAUCACCAAGGCAAAAAGAAUGAAGGUGGAACCAUAUGAAGAAGAAAAGAAAAAAGUUAGUCAUCUCAGAAAAAAAAACAACAACUGCUGUACUAUAUUCUAAACCUCCUAUAACUUACCAACCUGGUUUGGUAUAUGAUGUGUUUCACAUCGAUUUCAUUCACCUGUUUCCUUUUACUAGAGUUUUACUUAGUUUUAGAGGGUCGUUUUAGUUUAACCAUGCUGUCAUUUAAUUUUACCUUAUAGUAUACCUGUGUAAAUGGAUUUUGUUUCACUGUGGGGGUUAUAGCCAAGAAUAUUUACAAGUCAUGUCUUCACCUUUGUAUCAAUGGUAGUAAAGGAUAGACGAUUGGAGAUUCAAGUGUGUCUUUGCACAAAAAAAACUUCAAAGUGAAAAGACUUGAAGAAACGUUAAUUUCGAAUGAAAAUAGAGGGUAUCCAAGUAAUAAAUCUUAGUAGCUGUUUUAAUUCUUGUGACGUCUCAUUGUUAACCAUAAUUACCUAUUUUUGGGCAAUACAAAGAGGACUCCAAUAUUUUUAUGGUCCUUUUUUAUAAGUGUUGUUUUUGUUGUUUAGAAAAUAUAUAAAUAUAUAUAUAUAAAUAUAUAUAUAUGCUAUAACAAAUUUCAUAUAACGACAUUGUGAAUUGAAACUUGAGAAAAAGAAAUGUAGCUGUACAUAUUAUUCCAGUCACAGUAUAUAACCAACUCAGUGAGAGAAUAGCAUAUUUUUGUGAUGGUGUGUCAAAGAAAAUGUUAUAGCUAUGAAUAGGGAAAAAAAAGAAGCUGUAAACAGUUAUUGUUAUACUUUUUCGGCUGGAAGACAGUAACCACCCCAGUGUAAAACAGAACAUACUUGCUCUGUAAAUACUCAAGCUGAAUAAUUUUACAAGUGUCAUACCAGCAAAUUUUCAAAUGGUGAGUAAGUAAGCGCAGUUUUAAGAAAUAAAACAUACUGAUUGGUAUCUGUUGUCUAACCGAUGAGAUAUCAAUAUUGUCUCAAAGGAAAGAGAGCGGCAAUUUAAUCCAAAGCACACUGUACUUAGUAGUGGAGAUCAGAACUUGAACCAGGCAUUUCACAGUGCUCUGUACACAUCCUGACACUUUUAUACUUUUGAGAGAAGACUCGACUUGUUUGCUGUAUGUUACUGUUCUUUUCAUCCUGCUUGUUCAUUUCAGGACACAUUAUGUGAGCCCCCUGCUGGAGCCUUCAUGUAAUACUUGUCCUCUGAAUCGGUUUAUUUUGAAUGAAUUAAGGAAAGUCAACGUUUUGAUGCCAUACCUCAGCCCUGUGACUUCUCUUGUGGGAUCAUUGGCAGGUUUGAUUUGUUCUAAAGGCAAAAUCAGUGAAAACAAUUGAGGGGUAAAGCGAGUAAUCGUUGCACUGUGAGUAGUUAAGUACAGGCCAAUUUCCAUUUGCACAUGUAUAUGAUGGCUUUUUAAAACGGUCCUGUGCUUUGGGUAGAGUAUGAAGGAUUUUGGGGUAACCGUAUGCUCGACUAGACAUACAGCUGAUAGUUCUGAGGUGAGUAAACAACUUAUUAAGUAGUAAUUGAUAAAGUCCAGUGCAUUGAGGCAAUGCCUCUGGAUUUCAUCACACCUUAGACCCAUCUAAACUAUUUAUACCAAGUCGUUAUAAGACACUGAAUUUCUCUGUUUGAUCUGAGUUGCUGCGCUAAAUGCUACAGGAUGUUUGAGCGAGAGUCUCCCACUCGGACACGGAGGGACAUUUGGUAAUAUGCUCCAAAGCGCAGUACGUUUUUUAAAGAUGUUGACGGAGCGAGUGGUAUGUACUCUUAAAAACUUUACCUGCUGCAAAAAUGUGUUUGUCGUUUCAUAUUUACCCGGUUUUUUGUCUCAUUACUACUAGGUCUUUUGUUCCAGCCAGGUAAAGGAAAAUGCUGGAUGCUUUUAAAGUAAACGAUACGGAGGUGUGAUCAAGUAAUAAUUUAAAGAAUAACAGAAGAAAAAAAAGAAAAAAAAACUCUUGUAAUGUUCAAAUGUAAAAGGAAAAAAAAGAAAUACAAAACUAUAAAAAAAAAGAUGCUUCUUUGCUGGUUUCAAUUUUAAUCAGAAGGUUUUAUUGAUACUUUGUCGUUUAAUAUGAAUAAUUGUAAUAUACUAUUAAAAUGUACUGUGCAUCAAUUGAUUUCUCUCUUUCCAUUUGCCAUCACCAGAUUCCCUGCGGUCUUUAGUUGGGUCAUCCAUGUAUCUCGGUAGUGUGUAAAGAGACCCUGUUCACCUUGUAAAACAGAGUGCUUUGAUAGCCGUGUAGUGGUCUAUGCUCUUGGUUGUUCUCCCUUGCUCUACCUCUCCUUUCUGUCAUAGGUAUCCCUCUCCCUCAUGCUCUUUUCUAUCUGCUGUAAUUACGAGUAGAUGUUAUGUAGGCCUAAUUACUAUAAUAAUUGUAGUUACUAGUGGAUUUAGGACCAGUAAAGGGUUAGGGGUUUAGAUAGAACUUUAUCUACCUGAUCACGUUAUCCUGUUUUGCAAGCAGUUAUUUUGAUAGAGGCUCCUUGUAAUUUAUACCCUGUAUGUUUUUAUUUUCCUGGGUUUUUUUUUUUGUUUUGUUUUUGUUUUUGUUUUUUUUGCUGGCUUUGUUUUAUCACUUUCACAUGGUUUCAGCUAACCAAAGCUCUCAUGGAUGGACUAUAGAGAAACAGUUGCUGUAAGAUGGUAUUGUACACAAGGCAUUAUUUGGAUCCCCACCCUUGAAUGUUUUAAAAGGGGUGUGCCAUACUACCUUAAAUGCUAAUGCUAGAUAUGCAAAACUUUUAUUUUUGAUUAUAUUUUAAGAGGGACACAAGCUAUAAUUAUGAAAAAAAGGUUUUAUGUAAAAAAAAAUCAUAUUUUUUUAAAAAAUUCUAACAUACCAAUGAUGGUCACGAUAGUAAUGAUAUCAAUCAUAGUACUGUUUAGAAUAUCCUGUGAUAUCUUUUAAAGUUUGUACACUUUGGAAAUAUCCCAGAUGCCUAUGGCACAACUAUUUUUGGAUAAUACCGUUUUUGAUCUUACUCUGACUUUCUUUUUUCUUUCUCGAAAUUUUUACGAAUACUUUUUAAUAUCACA